AUGUCGAAAGAAUUGUUGGAAUCUAAUCUGAGUACAAUAUUUUCGACACUUCGAAAUACGGAGCAAUAUUGGCGUAAACCGAGAAGUGAUUUAAAUUGUAUGACGCAGCAUUAUGGGCCUGCGACAUGGUUUAUAACACUAAGUCCGAGUGAAUGGUUAUGGGAAGAUUUAGGUGAAUAUAUUCGUGAAGUAAAUGGAUGGCAUGAUACUUCCUUAUGUGUUAACGUACUUGUUGCUAAAGAUCCUGUAUCAACAUCUAGGUUUCUCGAUAAUAAAUUUAGAGCAAUGCUUGACUUUAUUAACUCUAAAGAUCAUCCAAUUGGAGAAGUAACGCACUAUUUCUGGCGACGAGAAUAUCAAGGUAGAGGAAUACAACAUUUUCGCAUAUUAAUUUGGAUUAAAAAUGCACCUAUUUUCGGUGAAUCUACUAUUGAAGAAGUCUCCAAAUUUAUCUUACAAUAUAUAAGUUGCAAAAUGCCAGAUGCAAAUAUUUCGCCAUUAUUGUACAGACGUGUUAAAACGCAUCAGCAACAUAUACAUAACAAUUAUUGUCUUCGUUCUAAAAAAGUAGGACGUAAAGUUAUUCGUCGGUGUCGUUUUGGAUUUCCUCGACCCGUUACUGAAACUUUAAAUAUGAGAGAUGUGGCAACUUCGAUAGCCGGUAGAAAACAAUUAAAACAUAAAAGUAGACUUUAUGAUCUUCCUCGAAUGGAUAAUGCAGUUAAUAUAAAUGAUUAUAAUCCUGUUAUUCUUACUGCAUGGGAAGGUAAUAUGGAUAUACAAUUUAUUGGUGAAAAAUCAUCGCUGCUUACCUGGUACAUUACUAAAUAUAUUAAUAAAGCGGGAAAAAGUGAACUGUCUGAUACUAUCCUUAGUAAGAAUGAAAAUAAAUCAUUAGCGAGUUAUCUUUGGAAUAUUGCUUUGCGAUUUACAAAUAAUAGAGAAUGUGGAGCUCUUGAAGCUGCUGAUACAUUGCUAGGUAUUUCUUUAUAUGGAACUGAUCGAAAUACAACUAUCAAAUGGUUAGAUGUUAAUCAAAUACGAUAUAGAAAAUUAAAAAGCUCCAAAGAAAUUGAAGCUCUUGAUGCUGAAUCUACAGAUAUAUUUUAUCCAUCUAUGAUAGAUAAUCAUUAUCCACAUAAACCAAAUAAAUUAGAAAAUAUGUCUCUUUAUGAAUUUGCACAGUGGUACGAUAUUUCGAAAAUCAAACCGAAAAAUGAAGAUAUUGAAUAUUAUAAAAUGAGUAAUGGUUAUUAUCUUAAACGGCGACAACGUGGAUAUCUUAUAAAUCAUUAUAGAAAUGAUAUUAAUACACAUCCGGAAAAUUAUUUCUUUGUAUUAUUGCUGAUGUUUAAACCAUGGCGAAAAUUAGAAGAUCUUAGAAAUGAAUGCAAUACUUAUGCUGAAUCAUUUCAUAAAAUAAAACUGCAUCUUGUAGAAGCAUUGCAAUAUCAUGAAAGAUUAGAAGAAUUGCAAAAAGCAUUUGAAACUGCAAAACAGUUAGUUCAACAAUAUCUAGAUGACAAUUUAGAAAAACAACAGUCUCAGGAUGAUCCUGAAAAUCCAAUUGGUGUUCAAAAUAUAAAGGCUGGUGAAGCAAUGCAAGAUUUUAAAGAGCUUGGUGAUAAAGAAAUUAGAGAAAUUGAUGUAUCUGAAAUGAUAGAAAAAUUAAAUAUGGAUCAAAAACGAGUAUUCAAUAAAGUUAUUAAUACUAUAGAAUCUGAUAAAUCGGUAUUACGAUUAUAUGUUACCGGAGAAGGUGGUACUGGAAAAAGUUUCUUAAUCAAGAUUAUUAAAUGUUGGAUAAAACAAAAUCUCAACAAAGAUACUGCUGUAGCAGCACCUACUGGUAUUGCAGCAUUUAAUGUAGAUGGAUUGACAAUUCAUAGAUUGCUUCAAUUACCAAUUGAACAUGGUCAUACCCCUAAAUAUAAACAACUAUCUGAUCAUGUAUUAAAACUUUUACGAGCAAAUCUUAAAGAUGUUAUUUUUGUAAUCAAUGAAGUGUCAAUGAUAUCUAAUUUGACUUUAAUGUAUAUACAUCUUCGAUUAUCUGAAAUAUUUGACACUAGUGAUUAUGAUGAUGGUUGGUUUGGUCGAAAGCAUAUUCUUUUAUUCGGAGACUUACUUCAAUUACCUCCCGUACACGAAGAGCCUAUCUUUAUGCAUUUAUCAAAUGAAAUUGCCAAACAUCUUGGUUCCUUAAAUGCUAUUAAUUUAUGGACUACAUUAUUUAACUACGAAGAAUUGACAAUUAAUAUGCGUCAACAAGGCGAUAAUUCUUACCGUGAGUUAUUGUCGCGAAUUCGUAUUGGAUUAGUAACAAAAUCAGAUUGUAAAAUUUUAGAAAAUAGAAAAAUAUCUUUUAAAGGUGAAUCUUUCGAAUCUAGAUUAAAUGAGUUAUGUGAUUUUAUUAAUAAUAAUUUAACAUCAGACACUGUUUGUUUAUUGCCUACUUGUAAUAUGUGUGAUAUUCUUAAUAAUGCAAUGUUAAGUCGUAUUGUUUCAAAAGAAAUAUUAUUAAUUGCUGAAGACACGAUUAAUUGUGUUCCAUAUUUAAAAAAGAAAGCAUUAAAAGUAUUGUCAAAUAACGAUGAUGAUAAUUCAAAAACAGCUGGACUUUCAAAACAAAUUAAAAUUAAAAUUGGAGCAAAAGUUAUGAUUUGACAUAAUAUCGAUGCUAGUUUAGGUCUUGUAAACGGUACAAUUGUUAAAGUAAUUUCAAUUGUACAAGAUACAUCUACUGAUUACGUAGAAAAGAUUAAACUUCUUUUACCAUCAGGUUCAGAAUAUGAAAUUGAAAGAGUAAGUGUUAAAUUUGAAGUGGUAGAUAGAGUGUAUGUUAUUAGAAAACAAUUUCCAUUAUCUUUGAGUUAUGGUAUCACUAUUCAUAAAAGUCAAGGAUUGAGUUUGCGAAGUGCAAUUAUGGACAUCGGUAACUCUGUAUUUAGUUGUGGUCAAAUUUAUGUUGCAUUAUCACGAGUAACAUCUCUAGAAGGAUUACAUUUAAUUAAUUACGAUCCUUCAUCAGUAAUAGCUAGCGAAAAAGCUAUUAUUGAAUAUAAUCGUUUAAAACAGAUACACAAUCAAAAUGCAGAAAUGAUUACUAUGACAAAAGAACGCUAUCGUAAAGUAAAAGAUGUUUUAUGGGCGUUACCAAAAAUAAUUACUUCUGUUCAAAAAUCAAGUUCAGAUCAAACAGUUCGACGAAAUAUUGCUUAG